GAGGGGACCGGACGCACCUGCGACUCCGUGGCGGCAGCGCCCGAUCCCUCCGGCACCAACCGGCACCGGCUAUGGGGCGGCGGGCGGGUUGCUCGGUCCCGCUCUGCCUCCUCUUGCUCCUGCUCCAGAGCGGGCAGUGGCUGUGCCAGCGAGCAGCGUCGUGCCAGCCCGGCUUCGCCGCCGAGACCUUCACUCUGACGGUGCCGCGGGACAGCGUGGCGGCGGGACGGGCCCUGGGACGGGUGAGCUUUGUGGACUGUGGCGAGUCACACCGUGCCGCCUUCCUCCCGGAUGACACGCGCUUCAAGGUGAGCAGGGAUGGCAUUGUCUCUGCCACCCGGCCCCUGCAGCUCCAGCAGCGGGAGAUCACCUUUGCUGUGCACACCUGGGACACCACGGGCAAGAAGCAUUCAGCCAAGGUGACCCUGCGCCAGCGGUGGCACCAGCACCGACACCGGGAGCAGAUGCAGCAGGACACAGUACCAGACAUGCUGAUCUUCCCGGAGCAUGGGCACGGCCUCCGGCGGCACAAGAGGGACUGGGUCAUCCCCCCCAUCAACUGCCCUGAGAAUGAGCGGGGGCCCUUCCCCAAGAAGCUGGUGCAGAUCAAAUCCAACAAGGACAAGGAGACCAGGGUUUUCUACAGCAUCACGGGGCAGGGAGCGGAUACCAUCCCCGUGGGUGUCUUCAUCAUCGAGCGGGAGACGGGGUGGCUGGAGGUGACAAAACCCCUGGACCGGGAGGAGAAGGAUAAAUACGUGCUCUACUCCCACGCCGUGUCGGCCAACGGGCAGCCCGUGGAAGACCCCAUGGAGAUCAUCAUCACCGUCACUGACCAGAACGACAACCGGCCCGUCUUCACCCAGCAAGUCUUUGUUGGCUACAUUGAGGAGAACGCAAAGCCGGGCACAUCUGUGAUGACCGUGAACGCUACGGAUGCAGAUGAUGCGAUCAAUGUGAACAAUGGCAUCAUCGGCUACUCCAUCCUCAGCGAGGAGCCCAAGGGUGCACAGCGCAUGUUCACCAUCAAUGCUGAGAAGGGCAUCAUCAGUGUCAUUGGCACAGGACUGGACCGGGAGACCACUCCCAACUACACACUGAUCAUCCAGGCUGCAGACCAGGAAGGCACUGGCCUGACCAACACUGCCACUGCCAUCAUCAAAGUCACUGAUGCCAAUGACAACCCUCCCGUCUUCAACCCCACCACGUAUGAGGGGUUAGUGGAAGAGAACCAGGUGGGGGUGCUGGUGGCCCGGCUGCAUGUGACAGACCAGGACCUGCCAGGCUCCCCAGCCUGGCACGCCGUCUACCGCAUCCAGAGCGGGGACCUGCAGGGCGACUUCGAGAUCACCACUGACCCCAAAACGAACGAUGGGCUCCUGAAAACUGCCAAGGGCCUGGAUUAUGAGACCCAGAACCGGUACAAGCUCGUGGUGUCAGUGGAGAACGAGGUCCCCUUCACUGUGGCCCUGAAUCCUGCCACAGCCACUGUCCUGGUGGUGGUCACGGAUGUGAAUGAAGACCCGAUCUUCAUACCCCCAGUCAAGCAGGUGGAGGUGAUGGAGGAUGUGCCAGUGGGAUACCAGAUCACCUCCUACACAGCCAAGGACCCCGACAAGGACCAGAGACAGAAAAUCACGUAUCGCAUGGGCAGCGACCCCGCGGGCUGGUUGGACAUUGACUCUGAGAACGGCAUCAUCACGGUAGCCCAGCCACUGGACCGGGAGUCGGCACAUGCCAUCAACAGCACCUACAAGGCCAUCAUCCUGGCAAUAGACAAUGGGUCACCAAACUAUGGCACCGGCACGGGGACACUGCUCCUCCUGCUUCAUGAUGUGAAUGACAACGGGCCUGUGCCAGAGCCCCGGAGCUUUGACAUCUGCAACCGGCAGCCCGAGGAGCAGACGCUGAAGAUCAUCGACAAGGACCUGCCCCCCAACACCCACCCCUUCAAGGCAGAGCUGAUGCACGGCUCUGGCAGCAACUGGACUGCCAGCAUGGUGCAACCAGACGAGGUGAAGCUGAGCAUGAAGAAGGAGCUGGAGCCGGGCGAGUACAGCAUCUUCCUGAAGCUGCUGGAUGCGCAGGGCAAGGAGCAGAUCACGCCGGUGCGAGCCCAGGUGUGCAGCUGCGAGGGGCCAGCCAAGAACUGCGAGCGGCGAGCGUUCAUCUCCGGUGGCAUGGGCGUGCCCGCCAUCCUGGGCAUCCUGGGGGGCAUCCUGGCGCUGCUCAUCCUCCUGCUGCUGCUGCUGCUCUUCGCAAGGAGGAGGAAGGUGGUGAAGGAACCACUGCUCCCACCCGAGGAUGACAUGAGGGACAAUGUGUACCACUACGACGAGGAGGGCGGUGGCGAGGAGGACCAGGACUACGACCUGAGCCAGCUGCACCGGGGGCUGGACGCCCGGCCCGAGGUGAUCCGAAAUGACGUGGCCCCACCGCUCAUGGCGGCCCCCCAGUACCGGCCCCGCCCUGCCAACCCCGACGAGAUCGGAAACUUCAUCGACGAGAACCUGAAGGCGGCCGACACGGAUCCCACGGCCCCCCCCUACGACUCGCUGCUGGUGUUCGACUACGAGGGCAGCGGCUCAGAGGCCACCUCGCUCAGCUCCCUCAACUCCUCUGCCUCCGACGGCGACCAGGACUACGACUACCUCAACGACUGGGGCGGCCGCUUCCGCAAGCUGGCCGAGCUCUAUGGCGGCGGCGAGGAGGACGAUUAGGGACCCCCAGCCCGCUGCUGCCACCUCAUUUCACUCCUCUGGACACACGUCGGUCUCUGUCCGGGGUGGCCAAACCCCCUCCAACACCGCCUGAACCCCGCGCCCAUGUCUCCCUCAAUGAGAAAAGCUCAGGCUCGCUGGGGAUGGGGGGUUCGGGGUAGUCUGGGUGUUUCCUGGCCCUCUUGGCUCCAGGGCAUGGAACAGUUUAGUCCAUUCCCUAUCCUGGAACUGAGGUGCUCCCAGCUGUGGGGGGGCAGGAUCAUGUCCUUCUUCCCUUUUCCAUGAGGGGAAAAAGGGUUUCUCUGGCAGUCUCCAAAAUACCUCGUGCUCCCAGCCCCACACAGGCUCAGAUCGCGUACCUAGUGAUGGAGAAGUGCAAUGAGGCACUCCGUCAACACAGACCAAAGAUGCACCAUCACAGGGAAUUGUAUUUACUACAGUAUGUACAGGCAGAUUUCUAUUUUUCUGUAUCCCAGAUUAUGGUUUGAUUUCCUCCCGUGUCGUGCCAGUUGUAAUUAGCGUGCUGUCACUGAAAGGUGCUUUCCAAAAUCAAAGGGCUUUCCCAAAAUCCUGACCUCUGAGGUUAGCUGUCGUCACGGUUUGUAUUUUUUAUCAUGGGAAAAGGGUCUGAUGCGAGCUGGGAAACCAGCAGUGGCCAAGUGUUGAUUGCAUGGUUUUUAUAUAGAAUUGAAAUAAUAAAUUGUUUUAAGAAAACCAAACAACUUGUCUGUGCGUGAGGCUCUGCCGGUGCUCAAAGGCUUUACCUGCUGCGCAGGUGUGGCCACGGCCCCCUCCACAGGGAAAGCAGAAUCACGGAAUGCGGAAACCCAGGGCACCGGGAAUAUUUCUCUCUCUGCUCUGGGGUGCCCUGACCCCCAGGGGAGAACUGACUUUGACCCUCGUUCAUGGAGAAAACUUCCAAAGCCUCAAAGUAAAUGAGAAACCACAAAAAUGUGAAAUAGGUUGUAGAGAGUAGUGUAGUAUGUCACAUGGGUGAGAAAUUUAGGUUUUAGGAUUUUUAGGAUGUUA